AGGUUGAAGCUUGAUCUUUGAUCCUCUUUGAAUACUCCCAACUUCCUGAUGGCUAGGUUUCCUCGGCAACCGCCUCCCAAUCCAAGAUUAUACCCGGGGUUCAGUUCUCCUGCAGUCUCUGAAUUUACAGGCAAUUCAACCAGUAUUUGCACUUAAUGCCAAUGACCUGAAAAGAAAUGGCUAUUGUCAAUGGUUCAAAUAAAGUAGAAAGUUUCAUUUGCCGCAAAUAGUCCUCUUUCCCAGAUUUCUCUUGAUAUGAUAUCCGGAAAACAGGAUUCGGCUUCUGUCUGCAUUUGGUCCUCGCUGUUCUGUAGAAACUAUCAGAGAGAUUGGUGUUUAGUCGUUCAGUGGCAUUAGUCAGACCAUCCAUGGAUUCCCGUGCUGGCCUGCCUGUCUUUUCAUUGGGGGAUCGCAGAUAUAACCGCAUGCAAACACUGGUGUUUGCUGAAGGAAUUGAUUGGCACAUAGUCAAUUAUUUUCAAUUAUUGUCGAAUCGUGGCGCUGCUGAGGGAGAAACAAGAAACUUACUGUGGUUCUGUAGCAAAAUAAAAAAAUAAGCCUAUGGGCAAAUGCAACUGGGGUCACGUGACAUCAAAGACACACCUAUGGGCCCUUAGCCGCACCAGCCAGAGGUCUCAGCAGGUACAGCAGGAGUUUCUGUCGGCAGCGCAGAGACACAUGUGCACCCGCAGAGUUCCAGUCAUCGCCAGCCAUGAACAGGGAAGAGAAUUACUACACUCAUGGGACAUUUUACCAUAGACCCCAUGGCGAUAAUUAUAACCACAGCCCGCCACCCUGCCUUUACAUGGGCCGACAGCCUCAGUCCGUGUACGCCACGCCAACUCUCGGCGCGCUGGACCACUCGCCCCUUCCUGACAUCGUUCCAUACGAAAUGCCUCUGAUUCGGGAAGACCCGGAGGCGCCGCAGACGCACCAUUCACAGGCGUCGCAGCCGCCCAUCCAGCAGGCCGGUGCAUACGGAGACCCGACAAAUCUGGCGAUGCUCAGCGAAAGGAGCCGGUACCAGCUGCCCUUCCCUUGGAUGAAAUCAACCAAGUCUCAUGCGCACGCCUGGAGAGGACAGUGGGCAGGCUCCUACUUGGUAGAGGCAGAGGAGAAUAAGCGCACACGGACAGCCUACACACGUGCUCAACUGUUGGAGCUGGAGAAGGAGUUCUUGUUCAGUAAGUACAUCUCUCGGCCACGGCGUGUGGAGCUGGCCGUCAUGCUCAACCUCACCGAACGCCACAUCAAGAUCUGGUUCCAGAACCGUCGAAUGAAGUGGAAGAAAGAGGAGGACAAGAAGAGGGCUAGAGGGGGAGACCCUGAGCAGGACUCCUCCAUUAGCUCUGGAGAACCCACUGCCCCCUCCUCCCCCCAGAGCACCCCACAUCCAGCACAGCAGCCCAACAGUGGCACGCAGGCACUCUGCAUAUAGCUGGCUGGACCAGCACUGUGCAGCUUAGUGUUUUUCUGUAGACAAUUUAUGGAUUAUGAUUAGUGCUUGUGUAUUUCUAUAGCAGAUCGCUGGUUUGGUGUAGUAUCGGCAACAUAUUAAUCUCUGACAUCAUCUUCCUGCUGCCAGACCACAUACUGCUUCCAUGAUAGACAGCAGUUCAAGGACAGAUGCAAAGCUCCACGCCCAGCUGAUGUCAGCCAGGGAACUCCUUAAACUGUUUCUUUAAGUACACACACACAAACACACAUGCACACAGGCACAUAUUCAUGUAAAUGUACAUACAUACACACACGCACGCACGCAUGCAAGCAUUUUGUCACCAGAAUUUCUCCAAGUAUACUUUCAAAAGAAAAAAGCAUUUACUUCACUCAAUUAGCUAACCAAAAUUAAUUCCAGGUAUUUUUGUAUUUGUGACUUGGCAUAUACCUGUAAACGUGGAUUUGGUCCUAUGCAUUUUUAUGUUUUUCUACACCUGUGACAGUUAGAAACUGGAAAGCUUGCACAGGACUGAGAAAAUGGCAUAGCUGCCUGUGUAGGGUGUAGGGCUGGUGGGACACCAUUGCUGGUGGGCAAUCUCAGAUCUGCAGCUGAGAUCAGACAGGCAAAGCACUUUCACAAUGAUCAAGGCAAGCCGUCUUACUUCUGGGCAUAAUCUGACACAGGCAUCUCCUGGAUCCAUUUCUCACUGUACUACACAUAGCUAUGAAGAUAAGACAAUGAUGUUUUCUGACCCCAUACUGAAGAACAACAGGCAUCACAGCAUUACAUAACAUUACAUUAAAUUGUUCAGAUAUGCAGCUUGCCAAGUUUCACUUUGCCAGGGCAUACCAUAGAUUAAUUGUACAGAGUUUGGUGCCUUUCAGGGUUUCCCACAGAAAAAAUUGCUAUGGCUGCUCACUGUUUACAAACAUUGAUUUCUGUACUUCUCUGAUAUUAUGUAAGCACCACUUUAAAGCCCAUUUUAUAUUUUA